GCUCACCUGGAGGAGGACAAGUCAGAGGCUGAGAGAGGACAGACUGAGCAGCAGAUACACAGACAGAGAUGGCACUGAACAGUUUCUACAGCCCGGAGCUGCCCUGCCAGGAGGUGCCCAGCCUAGAGAUCAAGCUUGAAGACGGAGGUUUCUCCCAGGAGGCUGACCCAAGCUGCACCCCACUGAGUUUCGGGAAGGGGCAGUACCCACCCAUAUGGCAGCAGGGUAGCGCCGCCCUCUCCUCCGAGGCCUUUACUGAACAGUCUCUGUAUUAUUGGGAGCAGUACAACCAAGGUCAUGGAGGGACGGAAGAAUAUCUCCAGUCAUUUCAGACGGUUCUGCCGGCGCUGACGGAAGAACUGCAGCAGCAUUCCACCCAGCAAAGCAUACUGGAAUCCCUCCAGGAUGUAGAGGAGUCUCUGUACCACGCUCAGCAGGAAAUGGCCUUCACCCCCGAAUCAGACGGGUACUCGCAGGGCACCGGUGUCAGCUCUGUUGGCGAUGAAAACUUUUCCUGGGCGUCCCAAGAAUGGCAGGGAUGGGAUGAAGCCUCCUGGAUGAACUGCACCCAAUCUGUCGAGAUCAGGUCCUCCAACUUCCCCCCAAUGAACGCCAACAUCCAGCACAGACCAGCCCAAGACCACCACAAAGGUUUUCCGUACAGCGAAUCGGAUCUCUACCAAACCUCCAACCUCAGCAACCAUUACGCCGGCGCAACCAAGAACGCUUACCAAUCCGCCUUUAACCAGAAAGCCGCUGGAGCCAAAGACGCCAAACCUACCACAACCGGCAGUAAUGGCCCCAUUCAGCUGUGGCAGUUCCUGCUGGAGUUACUGCAAGACUCGUCGUGUCAGAAGCUCAUCAGCUGGACGGGCAACGGCUGGGAAUUUAAGCUUUCCGACCCCAACGAGGUGGCACGGCGCUGGGGCAGACGCAAGAACAAGCCCAGGAUGAACUACGAGAAGCUGAGCCGCGGGCUGCGCUACUACUACCACAAAAACAUCAUCCACAAAACCGGAGGCCAGCGCUACGUCUACAAGUUCGUCUGCGACCUCCAGGGACUCCUCAACAGGUCGACGCAAGGGCUGCCGCAGGGCGCCAAGGAUCAGAGCCAGCGGCCCAAGGAGCUGUGAAGGGGGCCGAUUUGGCCUUUAAGGGGAAAAAAAUACUGUUUUGGAGUCCCGAGGUGUUGGGCGCUUCUGAGGACCUGCUGUGGAUGGGAGGAGGGGGGAGGGGUCCUCCAAAAACACAGCCAAGCACUACGGAGCGGUUAUUGUACAAGCACUGGAUGAUACUGUAGACGCCGACCGCGAUGGUGGCCACCUACCGCCAAUACAAGACGUUCCCUGGACGGUAGAUGGGAUCGUCUCCACCAGAGUACCUCAAACUUUAACUUAAUUUUUUAUUUUUUAUC